AUGAAGGAAAUUUCCCCCGAAGAAAUCGAUGAUUCACCUCAAUAUUUCUUGCCGCACCAUGCAAUAUUACGCCCGGAAAGCUCUACGACAAAAUUGCGGACGGUAUUCGAUGCGUCCUGCAAAUCUCAGUCAGGUGUUUCACUAAACGACGUUCUUCUUGCUGGACCUACUAUCCAGAAUACACUGAUUGCGCUUGUCAUGCGCUUUCGUAUGCACGCCUAUGUCAUAAGCGCGGACAUAGAAAAAAUGUACCGCCAAAUUUGGGUACACUACACAGAUCAGCCUCUGCAGAGGAUUUAUUGGCGGGAUGACAAAGAAUCUCCGUUGAAAAUAUUCCAGCUUCAAACAGUAACAUAUGGAACAAACAGUGCUCCGUUUCUCGCAACUCGGGUGCUACAGCAGCUCGCCGAAGAUGAAGCUGAAAACUAUCCUUUAGCUGCUCCUGUAGUUCGAACGAGUUUCUAUAUGGAUGACUUGUUAUUCGGCUGCAACAACAUUGAUACGCUGAAGAGUACAUGCACACAAAUCGUCGCUAUGCUGCAUUCGGCAGGAUUCACGCUACGCAAAUUUUCAUCUAACUCGCAAAAUGUUCUCGAAAUAUUCCAUGAGCAACUAAGGGAAACAAGAACCCUUCUCGAUCUCGACGCUGACCAAACAGUUAAAACGCUGGGUCUGUUGUGGGAACCUUCUACAGAUGUUCUCAGUUAUAAAAUACCAACUUGGUCUCCAGUUAGUAGAUACACCAAAAGAAUUAUCGUGUCACAAAUGUCAAGUCUGUUCGACCCACUUGGCUUAUUGAGUCCAGUGAUCGUCCUAGCAAAGAUGAUUGUUCAAACAUUAUGGAAGCAAGAUUAUCCAUGGGACUAUUGUUUACCGCCUACUGUCCAGCAAAUGUGGCUAGAUUAUCAGCAGCAUAUUGCCUUCCUCAAGGAUCUCCGUAUUCCUCGUUUCAUCUCAUCGCUGAAUAGUUUCGACAACAUCGAGCUGCAUGGUUUCAGGGACGCCUCCGAAAGAGCGUAUGGAGCUUGUAUAUACAUGCGAUCCAUCGCUGAAAACGGUUCUUGUGUGGUUCAUUUGAUUGCGGCCAAAUCUCGUAUCGCUCCUCUUGAAGUAAAAUCAAUAGCUCGUCUGGAACUCUGCGCAGCUCUUCUUCUUUCACACCUCUUACAAAUGGUGAUGGAAAGCAUCGGUCAGCAUAACAACAUUAUUUUAUGGACAGAUUCAACCAUUGUCCUGCACUGGCUAGCCGCUACACCUUCGACUUGGCAGACGUUCGUGGCAAACAGGGUCGCGGAAAUCCAGCGACUCACCUCGUGCGCAAUAUGGAGACACGUUCCUAGCGCAGAAAACCCUGCCGAUUUAAUUUCUAGAGGAGUACAAGCAUAUGGCAUCGUGGAAAAUUCCCUUUGGUGGAAUGGACCUAUCUGGCUAUCGAAUACCAAUCAACGUUGGCCGGAAAACAUAAUACUGUCGUAUCCACAAACAGAUAAAAUUCUAGAAGCACGUUCGAUUACUAACGACGAAAUCCAUGGAGCAACAUUAUCACUAGUUCGUGUCGCUCAGCAAGAAUAUUUUCAUCGCGAAUUGGAAGCUUUAGCUAAAGGAAACCCAGUAUCUCGUUCCUCACGCCUUCGUUAUCUCAAUCCGAAGCUUCAAGACGGCCUUAUACGUGUUGGAGGGCGUCUACAACAUGCUGACAUACCGUAUGAUACAAAACAUCCUCUAGUGUUACCUGACAAACACCCACUAUCGCUUCAAAUUGCUACCUCUGCCCAUGAACGAAGCUUGCACGGGGGACCUCAGCUGCUUUUAUCAAUAGUGCAACAUGAGUUUUGGCCUCUAGGAGGUCGUAACCUUGCCCGGAAGGUCGUCCAUAACUGUGUUAUUUGUGCUAAAGCAAAACCUAGAAGUAUUGAACAGCUAAUGGGUCAACUGCCCCCUGCAAGAAUAUCACAAGCACAUCCAUUCAAAUUUGUGGGAAUCGACUAUGCAGGUCCGAUUUAUUUAAAACCAAACACGCGCAAAGGAGCCCCAGUGAAGGCUUACGUGGCAGUAUUUGUAUGCCUAGUUGUCAAGGCGGCACAUCUCGAGCUCGUAUCUGACCUCAGUUCAGCGGCCUUCAUAGCAGCACUACGUCGAUUCGUCGCCCGCAGGGGAAUCCCCAGCACCAUUUACUGCGACAACGCAACAAAUUUCACUGCAGCUCAGCGUGAACUCCGAGAUCUACGUCGAUUAUUUCUAUCACAACAACAUAAGCAAGCAGUGUACAUGGAAGCUGCUGCUCUCAAGAUUGAAUUCCAUUUCAUCCCCCCACACGCUCCCACAUUUGGUGGUCUUUGGGAAGCGUGCGUCAAAUCCUUCAAGCACCAUAUGCGCAGAAUUGUGGGCAACAACCAUUUGUCAGCCGAAUCAUUUACCACCGUUUUAGCCCAAAUAGAGGCCUGUUUAAAUUCACGUCCUAUAACUCCGCUAUCAUCAGAUCCAAAUGAUCUGCAAGCCUUAACGCCGGGACAUUUCCUGAUAGGCCGCCCACUGUUAGCAGUUCCUGAGCCCAAUCUGGAUGAAAUCCCCGAGAAUCGUCUCGACAACUGGCAGAAGAUUCAGCGCAUAACACAACAUUUUUGGAAACGUUGGCACGAGGAGUAA